AUGUUGACAGUCCUCGGUCGUUUACUUGAAAGAAACUCAAUUUACGUUGCUACUAUCUUUGGUGGUGCCUUUGCCUUCCAAGGAUUUUUUGAUGUUGCUGUGAACAAAUGGUGGGAUGAACACAACAAAGCUAAGUUAUGGAAAAAUGUCAAAGGGAAAUUCCUUGAAGCCGAUGAAGAAGAUGACGAAUAA